AAGGAUAUUUGUACAAACAGCACGCUGUGACAAUUAUAACCGGUGCCCGAAGGGAACUUGGACGAAUUUGACAAAAUGACUUUAUUUCAUUUUGGUAACUGUGUAGCUUUAGCGUAUGUUCCAUACGUGUUAGUAUACAAGUGUUCUGGAUUGUCAGAGUACAGUGCAUUUUGGAAAUGUGUACAGGCAGGUGGAGCAUACCUGUUUACACAGCUGUGUAAAAUGUUGGUUCUUGCAACAUUCUUCCCUACCACAGAAGUUCCAACAGGCUCACUUGACAUCUUAGGAGAGCUGAUGAAGUGUACUGUGGACUUGGCAGAUCUGAUUGGACUAUACUUUGUGAUGUCAAAAACUGCAGGCAAAGGUCAACUAAAAUUUAUGAUAGCUGGACUAGGCUGGGCUACAGCUGAACUUGUGAUGACAAGGUUCUUGCCACUUUGGGUUGGUGCGAGAGGUGUAGAAUUUGACUGGAAAUAUAUUCAAAUGAGCUUUGACUCUAAUAUCAGUUUGGUGCACCAUAUUUGUACAGCCAUGUUGGUUUGGUUGUACAAUAGAAGUGAUCUCAACAAAUCUUUUGUGCCAGUAGUUUUAGCAUUACUAGGGUUGAGUUGUUACAGACCUUUGAUUGUAGAGAUACUUACACAUGCAGUGGGUCUCGGAUCAUGGACAUUGUUGACAGCUAAAGCUUUAUUUACCGGACUUGUUGGAACAAUAGCCGUACAGAUGUACCUGGGAAUGGCAACGCAGGCAGUCAACUCUUACUACUGACAUUGUAACUUACCAGUGUCAUCCAGCAACAGCUUUAUGCAUAAUUAAACAUAGAUUGCAGCAUUGAGAAAAAGAGGAAGAAAUAGAUUUUUCGUUCAGUGCGAAUGGAAAACUUUGAAAAACUGUCAGGAGUCAAUUUGAAUUAUUACAGCUGUGUUCUGUUGUUUUUUUUUAAAUUUAUGUUAGGAAAGAGAAUUGUGUUUAGUUCCCAGUAGAUAAUUUUAUUGUCAGUUUACUUGACUGACUGUUACUGUCUAGUUCAGUGUAUAAAUUUCAUAUAUUAUCGUAACUAUAGUUGGAUUUGUUUGAUACUUUUUGCUUUAUUUCAUCAUUUUUUUUUUAACUUUUAAAUGUAAACAGACUCGAGAAAAAGUAUGAACUAUUUAUAUGUAUUAAAUACUUCAAUAAAUUCUGAAAGUGUC